CUCGAAGUUCUACCCCCAUUAUGCAAAUCUAGGCGACAAAGCUUCGAAUGAAGUUCCGGGCGAGUGGCAUACACUUCACACGUGCAAGGAGAAACAUGAAGAAUAAGCGUAGAAAAGUCUACAGGUAGCGUUGCCAUCCGAAUCCGAGGAGUUUGUCAUAGUUGCUGACUAUUGGCGGAAUGCGGGCAGAGCCCAUUGUCAAGGUCCCCGCUAAAUAAUACCAAAGAACGCUGCGAUAAAAGAGACCAUGUACAGACUUGACAAUCCAGUAUUCCCCGAACAUGGCAGACCUCAGUGUGGCUACGGCGAUGUCGCUUUCUGGACGAGUAGGUCUCGUUACGGGCGGAGGAACAGGGAUAGGAUUCAGCAUUGCUAAAGCGUUCGCUGCGAACGGAGCCAAGGUAUAUAUCACUGGUCGAAGGCUGGACGUGCUGGAGAAAGCCGCCGCGUCUGUUACUGGUGUCUCAGGAUCCAUCGUCCCAAUCCAGAUGGACGUUACAGAUGAAGAGAGUGUCAAGGCCGGCGCCAAGCAGAUUGAAGGAAUUGACGGCAAGCUCGAUAUACUCGUCAACAAUGCUGGAUUUGCCGCAUCCCUUCGCGACCCACACUUCGUCACGAAGAAGCUCUCUGCGACAGAUCCAUUUGAACCCGAAACCGUACAGAACUGGGCUGAUAUUUUUGCACUCAACACGAUCGCCCCAUUCUUUGUCGUACGCGCUUUCCAAUCUCUCCUCAUCAUAGGAACGCAUUCCCGCCCUCAAGGCACCUCAAGUGUCAUCAACAUCAGUAGCGGAGCUGCAACAUUGAAUGUUGCGCCACCCUUUGCAUCCCUGGCAUAUGGCCCGACGAAAGCCGCUUUGAACAAGCUCACCCUAGUCUUGGGUACGAGCUUUGCCGGGAGGGGGAUCCCGAUCCGAGUGAAUGCGAUAGAGCCUGGAGUAUUUGCGUCUCAAAUGGCGCCUACUGAGGUGUUGGAAUCGCUGAAGACUAAGCCGCUGCCUGGAGGAGCGGCGCUGGUACCAGCGAGGAGACAUGGAACUGAGGCGGAGAUGGGAAUGGCGGCAGUGUACUUGGCCACAUCUGAUUAUACGAACGGAGCAACCUUGACUAUUGAUGGUGGACUUGCAUUGGUGAAUCCCUGAUGAUACCUUCUUACCUGACCUAGUGUAUCGGCUGGUCAGAAGAAUAGAAAACCUUGAAUUGCUUGAGUCUGAUAUAAAGCCGUCAUCCGACCUGAGACUGCUUGC